GGAGGAAGGGCGGUCGCAAGCAGACGCUUAGGUCAUGGUGUUCCUUGUAGCUGUGGUGUGUAUCUGCCUUGUUGAAACGGCAUUCGGUGCUGUAGAAAUUGUUAACGGUGAGUGGAGAUACAUUCGUAUUGUGUAAGCGAACACAAAGAUCGUGUACAUUAUAUCAGAAUCGAAUUUGGAAAAAUUAAGGCUGGUAACGAUUAAUUUAAUUGUAAUUGAUAAAUUUUUUAUAAUUAAAGAUUAAUUUAAUUGUAAUUGUUAACUUUUCUGUAAUUAACGAUUAAUUUAAUUGUAACUGUUAACUUUUCUAUAAUUAAAGAUUAAUUAAUAGUUAUUUUCCAUUGAAUUAAAAUGUUUUAAAAAAUUGACAAAAAUUUGAUAUUUAAUUAACUAAAUAGCACAAGCUUUUUAUCCUUUAAAUGUCAUCAGCUAACCAACAACGCAAAGACACUAGCAUAUAAACAGUGCUCGGUUCCAGUGAUGAGCGUGUCGUAGUGACAAUGUAUCCAGCAGAGCUAAAUAAACGUUCUCACGGAACUGAGUUAACUGGUAGGCUCAGACAAGUCUUGGCCAAUAACGACAAUUUAGGAUAUAGUUUUUUUGUUAAGCUUCCGCCAUUGUAGCGGAUCAACUGAUUCAGCAAUUUAUUUUUUAGUUUUUAUAACGAUGUAGUUCAUCAUGAGCACUCUUCACGCCUUCUUCUGGGUCUGAGUCAGACUCCGUAAGCUUAAUUCACAUUGCAUUAGGUUUGCAAAUGGUUUCAUCGGCACUUUCAGUAUCAUCAUUAGCCUGCAAAUGAUUAUCAUCGGCACUGUCAGUAUCAUCAUUAGUCUGCAAAUGAUCAUCAUUCAGAUUAGAUUUUAAAUCUUGCCCAAUAAGAGACAUAGAUUGUUCUUUUGAAUCGUCUAAAAGGCACUUCAAGCUUUUAUUUCGUGGAUCGAAUGCUGUUACAAUCUAUAAUACUUCAAUACUUGUUACACCAGCUACAUGUUCUUUGAUGAAAUUAACAUAAUAUGGCUCGAAUCUGGCUAUGUAGCCUUGUAUCAUCAUUAUUUACUAUCAUGUCAUUUGUCACUGACGAUAAAUGUCGCAAUACACGUCUAAACGACAGAGCACUGUCGACCGCCGAGUAGGACCGUCGCCUGGCAGAGCAGGUCUAAAACUUCGACGUAUUUUGAAAUAUUUUCCCAAUCACUGUCUAAUAGUUUUAAAACUUUCUACUUCUUAUCUUCCUCUGAAAUUUGAACGGUUAUUGCUUCUCUGGCCUGCAGCAGACUUUUGCAGCAUCACAAAAAUACUGUUCGCUUUUGGAAUAUCUGCUGUAGUUUGCUUAAUGGUGACUCAGUAAAAUUUUGUAACUUGGUCUAUGUUUACAGUGGCCUACAAUUUUGCAACAUUUGCCAAACAAUGUUUCGUUAUCCGCGCCGUACGUUCAACUGCAGGCUAUGAGCCAUGCACGGAAUAUGGGCAAAACUACUUUUAAUAACAGCAGAAACCAUCUCCCGCACUUUUUCGGUGACGAAAGCAUUCAUUUUUAAUUUUUUGUUGUUGUAUUCUGCUGCAAACUGUAUAAUUCAGUAACUUUGUUAGAACAAAGACGUUCAACAAUAUUCACACAAACAAGAACAAUGCUUCGAAAAUUCCAGUCAUCAGUGAUGCAGUAGCACGUGAUACGUUAAUGUCACGCUGCACGAUAGCACUCAACGGACGUUAAGACUGGGGACAAAACGGACACAGUCACACCGGACGUUAAGACUGGGGACAAAACGGACUCAGAUUAGUCUGCCUUUGAAGGAGAUGUCGAUGCCCCUAUCCACUAACCAGAUGAAGUUGACUCAUCAAGCUGAAGUUGACUCAUCAAGCUGAAGUUGACUCAUCAAGCUGAAGUUGACUCAUCAAGCUGAAGUUGACUCAUCAAGCUGAAGUUGACUCAUCAAGCGGAAGUUGACUCAUCAAGCUGAAGUUGACUCAUCAAGCGGAAGUUGACUCAUCAAGCGGAAGUUGACUCAUCAAGCGGAAGUGUAUGAUACGGUUGCGGAUGUUUUUUUUGAGGAUGAUAAGUAAACGCUGUUUUAGAUCCAUGAUAAGCGAAUGACUUAUCCCAAAGCAUGUAACAAAUAACAAAAUUUUCUAUCUUUCGGCCAACCGACAGCUCAUGGGGGGAACAUAGCUAAACCAUGUAACUCGCUUUAACGCGAAUACGAAUAUAACGCGACCGUUGCAAGUCUCACAGAGUUUCGUUUGUUCAUUCACACUUGAAAGUAGUCCUUUUUUUCCAAAGUACACGAGUUUUCUUAAUUUGUUUGUUUUGUCUAUUUUCGAUGUUUUUUUCUUCUUUUUUUCCCUGUUUUUUUUUCUAUAUUUUCAUUUUUUGGAAUGGGUGGUGGGGGUGGGCGAAAUGUAAUCACGUAUUAUAACACGAUUCUGAAAUUUAAAAUGUAAUGCAAAUCCAAGAAAGGAAAUAUUAGCUAAGAUGAUGCUGACGUUAGAUGCAAUCAUUUGAAAGCUGCAACAUGUUUGCUAUGCAACAAUGUCCACGUAUUAGCUACACAAAUCUCAUUGGUGAUGUCAAGUCAUGGAUGACUCUCAGCAAGUUAAAGCUAAACAAUGACAGAACGGAAGCACUCCUUAUUUACAAUCAUGAAUCAUCCUCUAGCUCAGCUCUCCCCAUCUCGUUUCAAGUAGGUAGCUCUGAUAUAGAGCUCACAUCCUCUGCUAAGAAUCUUGGUUACAUUCUUUCUUACAUAUCACUCAAUAAUCAUAUUUCUCUAUCCACCAGAUUAGCUCCAUCCGCCACUAACUCACAGUCAGCGCAACAAAAACCCUAGUAUGUGCACUAGUUCUCUCUCGUCUUGACUAUUGUAACUCUCUUCUGUCAGCUUAACCACAAAAUUUCAUAGAAAAACUGCAGAAAGUUCAAAACUCAGCUGCUAGGUUAGUUCUAAAAGGCAAAGAAACGUGAUCACGUCACUCCACUACUUCACUCACUUCCUUGGCUCCCCAUACAGGCACGCAUUGCUUACAAGAUGUCUGUUUUAUGUCACAACUUUUUCUCUGGUUCCUGCCCUUCUUGUUUAACUGAACUUCUUAUUUUCUAUUCUCCCCUUCGAAAACUUCGUUCCUCCGCAGACACGCGUAUUCUUUCUAUUGCCAGAACACGCACUAAAACAUAUAGUGAACGAUCUUUCUUUUUCUGCGCCCCCAAGCAAUGGAAUUCUCUCCCACAGCACAUCCGCAAUAAUUCGACCACACAGACCUUCAAAACUGCACUCAAAACACAUCUCUUUAAACUCUACUAUCCCGACUGAUUCCCUACGAUGGCUGAUAAACGAUGCUGCAGGUUGCUGUACAUUGCUUGACAUUUAAAAGUUCUGGGGUGGGUGGUGUGAAUAUACAUUUGUUUUUGUUUUGUUGCUACAAAGCUGUUUCUUAAUUAAAUAAAUGUAUGUUAUUUUUUUAAUGUUAUGUUUAUCUUUGCUAAUAUUUUUAUGUACAGUGCGGUGAGCCCAGCCUUAGGCUGAGUACCGCGCUAUAUAAGACCACUAAUAAUAAUAAUAAUAAUAAAAUAGAUGUUUUCUUUUAUGAUGGGUAGAAUUUGAAUUUUAUAAUAGGUUGAUUUUGUAUUUUAUGAUGGGUAGAAUUUGAAUUUUAUAAUAGGUUGAUUUUGUAUUUUAUGAUGGGUAGAAUUUGCAUUUUAUUAUGGAUAGAUGUUCUAUUUUAUGACAGGUAGAUGUUGUAUUUUAUGACAGGUAGAUGUUGUAUUUUAUGACAGGUAGAUGUUGUAUUUUAUGACAGGUAGAUGUUGUAUUUUAUUACAGGUAGAUGUCCGUAUGGUAAAAAGGCCGGAGACAAAUGGCACCAGACAGAGUGUAGAGAAUGUUUCUGUGAAACUGGGAAAUGGGCGUGCAUAAGGUAAUUUUUAUUAUUAUUGUUCGUCCUACGCGUGCGAAGAUGACUAAGGCUUCGACUUGAAUAGUAGCCUUGACUUGAGCUGCAUUGAGAUGCUCAAUUCGUGAGCCUCGCUCUCUCGUCCUGCCCUAUUUAUUCCAAUGGCAAGAUUUAAUCAAGGUGACUGGAAAGAGACCAGGAUGCAGUUGACCAGCGGAGUCUUUGUGCUUCCUUCAUUGUGCUCUUCAUGCGUUCCACGCCGCAGAAGCCGUCGGAACGCUCAUUCUGUAAAUGUCAUACCGCGUACGGGACUCCAUCUCCUUGUAUAAUUUAAAAGUUUGGCCUCUCUUAGAUGGGUUGCCACCCAAGGUUAGCAGGGCCCAUCCAACCGGGUUGGUUGCUGCUUUUGUUUGUCUGUGCUUUUGCUGGAGAUUGAGCUCCAGUAUACAAGCUCAGGAUUGCAAAAUUUUAAACCACUCGGCCACCCUGCACAAGGCAAUAAGAAAAGGGUUUGUAUAAAGUAACAGGGAAAUGUGCGUGCAUGGAAAUAGGCUUGUGCAAGGUCAUAGGGAAAUGUUUUUUGAUCACAAAGUAAAUUUUUAUCUUCAGCACAUCUCUCAUAUAUAUUACGCUUCUGGUGUAACUCGUGGACUGCUUCCUAAUGGACUGCUUCUUAAUCAUCCACUUUGGUAGUAUAUUACACAUAAUUAAUAUUACACAUAAUUCUUAAUGUUUGAAAGAAAGUAUGGUUCACAACAAUGAGUUCAAUAGCGCGUAAAAUAUAAUUCCCGAUAACUACGUUAAUUUUUUUUUUAUUAUCACAACUGCGUUUGGUGUGCAACAUGUUAUUUUCGGAAAAUGAAAUCGUCUGAAUUUAAGUAUGGUGUAAAAAUUAUUCGUUAUAAAAGUGAUUGGGACGUCAGAAUAUUUAAUAUAGUGCAUGGGCGUGAAAUAAAAAGUGACCAUUCACGUAUCAUUAAGGGAAGGGGUGUAGUAAAAAUUAUUUUUCUUAAAGGUGCGUUACUUGAGUUCAUGUUUUGUCUAGUAAUUUUAGUAGAUUGGAAGUUCACCCAUUGCUGUCGCCAACGUUUGGCGAGCCUUAUCCAGUCUUAAAUAUUCUUAAAAAGUGAAACAUUUUUAAACUAGAAUAGUUUAACACUAGACAUCUAAAAGUAUUUCUCAAGUGCAAAAAUCAACAGUCAUUUGCAAUGGAGCUUCACUCAGUCAGUAACAAUGUUGACUUUAAGAGGAAUUAUUUGAGAUUUAAUUUUGUUAACAGUCAAAAGGGGUAGCACGGGGGAGAACUCUGGUAAAAUCUAAUAUGGAAACAAAUGAUUUAAAGAAAAAUAUCUUUCGGUCCUAACUUAAAAGGAAAGAAUUCGCCCUGCUUGAGCUGAUUUUAGGUGUCUGUGAUGAAGAAGGUGGGAUUUAUGUAUCUGUUAUGAAGAGGCAUUUGUGAUGAAGAGGGAGGAAUCUAUCAGCCAAUGUGUUUUUAGUUCUACAAAUGCUUAUUGCUUGAACUAGUUCUUCAAGCGAAAGUAAUUUUGUUUGAGCGAUAUUACUUGCUUUCUUUUUAAUUCCAUUUGGUCGGAGAUUCAAGUGAGGAGCAUAAUAAUAUAAAUAAGCUUUCUAUCAGUAAACCCUCCAAAACAAUGGAUGUGACUUCUCAGACCUUGGGGGUUGACACAUUGGCUUACUUCGACUAAAUCUCACCCCAAAAUUGCGCUCUGAACAGAUCUUUUAUAAAGUGCUGGGUGGCCCAGCGGCCUAAACUGACUGAACUCCAACAGCUGAUCGUCUGGUGUUCAAACCCCAACAAAGCCGAUAAAAGCGAAUACAACCCAAGCCCCACAGGUGGAGGGGAAACGUUUGCCUAGGACAGCAGCUCAUAUAAGAGAAGGCAAACUCUGAAUUCAAACCAGGAGCCAGAAUGAUCAAUAAAUUGAUCUUGGGCCCACAAUUGUAAGAACAAAAAAGAGAAGAAAAAAGUAUAAUUACAAUUACAAAAGCGUCACACUGGGUGUUUGAUCAUUUUCGUCUUUUCUCCUGCCCAACCAUAAAUAAUGUUAAGCUCAAUUAUAUCGUGAGAAACAGACUGUUGGUAAUAAUAUACAGUCAUUAAAAUAAAGUGCUUCCCGGAAAUCUUCCCCUUCAUGCACAUUUACAUCCCAUUUCUCACACCCUGAACUUUAAAAUAAAAAUGUUCUGAUCAAAUGUCCCCGCCAUUUCUAACAAUUUCUCGGUAAUAUCGAGGGGGGGGGGGAAGAAUAUGGCGCUACAUAUAUUUUAUUGUAUCUUUGUAAGCACACAGAAAACUUUCUUUCAAAACAUCUUUGACAUCCCACUGUUCUACGAACAUAAAGUAAAGCCUUUUUAAAACAGUGUAAAACAAAGUAACUCAUCUUGAACGUCCUUCAUAUGACCGUCGGCUAAGCCAGUUUAAAAUAAUAUUAUCUUAGCGUUUACUGUCAAGAUAUGAUUAUUUUUUUUAAAUGGCAGCUUUUGGUGUUAAGGGAUACUGUGCAAACUGUCAAACUGCCAAAGAACCGUCAUCGGGUCAGGGGUGAGGAGUUACGACCAGGUCACAUUUGGUUCCCAUCCAUUUCUUCAUAUUUUAAACAAAUUAACUUUGUUACAUACAUGCAAAAACACAUACAUAUUCUUACUGUCCUUUAUAAAAGUAGAUAACUUUUUCCAGGUGCCGAGACUUGAACGUAGGUCAUGACCGCUCUCAGUGCUAUAACAUCUACCUUGAACAGACGACCUACCCAGCCUGUUGUGUGGCCACACUUAAAUGUCGCGGGGAGCCAGGAUUCAGUGAGAUCAGGCUAUUUGAGGAGCUGCACAACAUAACAACAAAACAGGCCCCCAUGAGGUCCACCACACAAGCCCCCAGGAAGCCUAAGCCCAUCAAAGUAACCUUCAAGAAGCCGUCUAAAAAGAUCUACACGAAGAAACCGUCUAAAAAGAUUCACGUUUCAUUAGGCCGGGACAAAAAGAAAAAGUACCGAUGGUAAAGGGAGAUAACAAGGAAAUUAAAUGGCAGGGUUACACGUCCACCCCCAAAACGUCCAUGUUACAGGAGAUGUAAUUAAGAAGAACGAAAGAAAAAAAAAAGAUGUGGUAUUAUCACAACAAACUAAAAGGCUGUCGAGCAUUUUCCAUUAUUUCUUUUUUUUCCCCUCAGUAAACAACGUCAAAACGUGUAAUUGUUAUUUCCCUCCCUUGUCUGGGUAUUUUUUAAAUGACGUCAUGAUUUUUAUGGUUUUGGUGAAAUUUUUGGAACUUUUACUUUGAUUAUUAAACACAUGAUGUAGAUGUCAUCUAAGCUGACAAAGAUGUCAACUAAAACUGACAAAGAUGUCAUCUAAACUGACAAAGAUGUCAUCUAAGCUGACAAAGAUGUCAACUAAAACUGACAAAGAUGUCAUCUAAGCUGAAAAGAUGUCAUCUAAGCUGACAAAGAUGUCAUCUAAACUGACAAAGAUGUCAACUAAAACUGACAAAGAUGUCAUCUAAACUGACAAAGAUGUCAUCUA